UCUGAUUUUGAAACAACAAAGGAAAGCAAGCAGAAGCCGGUACUGCAUCUCCGGGACUGCCUUUCUCAAGCUGUAACAAUUAACUCUUGCCUCGCUGCCUACAGAGAGGACUUAUUUCUGUGGAUAAUUUUAUAUUCUUCUUAUCCAUCUGAGAAGACCUGAGUGAUGGCUACAAUUAGGAAAAAGUUAGUGGUUAUUGGAGAUGGUGCUUGUGGUAAAACCUGCCUGCUCAUUGUCUUCAGCAAAGAUGAGUUCCCAAAAGUUUACGUACCCACUGUAUUUGAGACAUAUGUUGCUAAUAUUGAGGUGGAUGGCAAAGAAGUGGAACUAGCUUUGUGGGAUACUGCUGGACAAGAGGACUAUAACCGCCUUCGCCCCCUCUCUUACCCAGACACAGAUGUUAUUCUGAUGUGCUUUUCAGUAGACAGUCCGGACUCUUUGGAGAAUAUCCCUGAGAAGUGGGUUCCAGAGGCCAAGCACUUCUGCCCCAAUGUACCUUUUGUCUUGGUAGCCAACAAAAAAGAUUUAAGGAAUGACAAAGAUGUCUGCUUCGAGCUGGCCAAGAUGAAGAAGGAGCCCAUAAAAAUUGAGGAAGGCCGAGCUAUGGCGGCCCAAAUCCAGGCCUAUGAUUACCUAGAGUGUUCAGCCAAAACCAAAGAUGGAGUGCGUGAGGUCUUUGAGACAGCCACACGAGCAGCGCUUCAAGUGGAACUAGCGUUGUGGGAUACUGCUGGGCAGGAAGAUUAUGACCGCCUCCGCCCCCUCUCUUAUCCAGACACAGAUGUUAUCCUUAUGUGCUUUUCUGUGGACAGCCCGGAUUCGCUGGAGAAUAUCCCAGAGAAGUGGGUACCUGAAGUCAAGCAUUUCUGCCCCAACGUGCCAAUUAUCUUGGUGGCUAACAAAAAGGACUUGCGCAACGAUGAAAACGUCCGUAAUGAGCUGGCUAGAAUGAAGCAGGAACCCGUGAAAACCGAAGACGGGCGGGCAAUGGCCGUCCGUAUCCAGGCGUACGACUAUCUGGAGUGUUCGGCCAAAACCAAAGACGGGGUGCGUGAGGUCUUCGAGACGGCCACGCGAGCAGCAUUGCAAAAGAGGCCCCGGCCAUCAGGGAGCUGUGUCAAUUGCUGCAAACUAUUAUGAGCCCGUUCACUUCCCCGAAAUAGUUUUGCCUUGUUUUGCUUGGUGACUUCUCCCUUCUAAUCACCCACACGAGUCGUCGUUAUGACCAAAUUGGUCUGAAGGACAAACAAAAAAACUGCCUUUGAAAGACGCGAAAGCGCCUUGCCUAGUUGAAGACUCGCCACCACCAACUCGACGAAGACAUCGCGACAGCGUGUGUGAGUGAAGGGAGAGAGCGAGGGUGUGGGUGACUCCUCCGUGGAAAACGAACUACUUUUAGCGGAGCGCCCGGUCUCUAUCGGGCAGAGUCGCCUUUGGCUGGACGACAUUGACGCCUGUUAACACAAAGUCGGCAGGACUGGCGCUGCUAAAAAAGCAGGCAAGGCGGCAUACAGCUUUGUGCCGCCUCACCCCAAGAGACCUUCCCACCCCUCCUCCUCCUAAUUUGAACUCUGCAGCGGUGGCUUUACAACACUGGAAUGUGGUCAUGGGGGGCAUUCGCACUCCGAGGUGAUGAGUGGGGGGUGGGGGCUCACCGCAUUAUGUAACGCGAGUGAACAGACCUCCCAGCGAGGAUAAAGAAGGUUAUGGCGAUGAAUGAACAUUUAAAUGUACGGCUGCUGAGCAUUGAUUGUUUUAGGCUUUCCAUUGUUCCACCGUCACCCCUUUCUAUUUUCUAAUUUUGGGAGGGUGGCAGUAGGGCUUUUUCCUCACUUGUUUUAAGAUGAAUCGGUUUAUUUGCAUUAAAUUCUUGCCAGCACAAAUACAAGGUGCCUGCUAUUAGUCAGUGAUGACUACUGAUAUGCUGUAUUUUCUAGUGAAUGCAUGGGACUUGUAUUUCUUGUAAAGGUUCAUUUUUGUGUGUGUUUCCCAAAUGCACAAUUUAAAGUUUUACCACAGAAGGGCACUUAACCGUUUCAUUAUACAGUGUAGCAGUGUGAUACAAAAGACAACCUUGGAUGGGGGGGGUGUUCGGCUUGAAGCUGGUUAAUGGGGAUUGGGCUAGCGCACACCCAAAAGCCUCGAUCUGUUUACUUUAGUAGCAAGUGUAUGCGGGGUUUAACGAAGAGGUGUGUGUGGUGUAUUUUCUUUUUUUUUUUUUUUUUAAUUUUAUUUUUUGUUUGUUUUCUUUAACGAGAGGGCACCAUGGUUUUUUGUCCCACUCUGAUGUUUUUAUUUUUAUACGCCUUCUAGCCUGCGGUACAGAGAAUGUUUGUCUUUUGUUUCAAAAGUGGCUGAAAUCUUCUUAAUCCCAAGAUGUAUAUCAUGUUUACAUAAUGCGAUGAGUGCAUAAACGGUGUAUACAGUUUUUACAAAGAAAGCAUUCUGCAACCUAUUAAAAGUAUGAAAUUUA